AUGUCGACAAAGACGAUAGAAGCGCGUUCUAAGUCGAAUUAUAAUCACCGGAUGGGACGGGGAGGAUAUACGGGUUUAAGAGAGAAAUUGGUAAAUAAUAAAGUACUUGCCAAAGAUGAAAUACCACUCCGGUCAUUAAUGUGGUGUAAAGGACGUGAAAACAAAGCAGGCGAAAUAGAAGAUGCUAAUGUAAAACUCAUGGCAAAAAAACUAGUGGAACAUGAAAAACAAAUUAAAUAUGGAGAUGUGAAGCUUGAUCCUGGGAUGGAUGCCAUGUCAUUAGUCUUUGGCAAGGAUAAUGGUGGAUUCUUAAAAGGGGUUGGCACAGGUGUGACUGCUAGUAGAUAUUUCAAUAUUCCUAGAACCAAAGGAUCUUCAAAAGAACAAAUUGCGGACCUAAAGUUUGAACUACAGAAUGAGAGACUUGAGCUCCAGAAAAGAGAUGAAGAACUUAAAGCGUUGUCAACAAAGGUGAGAGAACAAGAUAAAACACUAAAGCUAGUUUUAGCUCAUCUUGAAUCACAAGGAACAAUGAUACCAAAUCUAACAUCUCAUCCGAACCAGUCUCCAACACAAGUCUUUUCAGUGGACAAGAAUGUUGAAUCUCAUGGUACUCCUGUUACUAAUACUAUCAUAGAGAAAACACCUAUCACAGAUAAAGCAAUGACAAAUGAACCAGUUACACGAGUAAUAACAAAAACCGGAAAAAUAACCGUUGAAUCUAAGAGUGUGACUACAAAUUCACAUCCAAAAACAAAAGAUACUCAUUCACCAAAACUCCCACAGACAAUGAAGACGACGAAGUGCAUUCUACAAUAUCCAGAUAAUAGAAGCAACGUUGCUUAUGGUACAGUUUACAUUUCUUCAGAAAGACAAGCCAUUCAUGGAGUUCCACUUCAAGACGACUGCUAUAAAGUAUCAAUUGAUGAAGUGAUAAAGGGAGCUGCAUUUUUACCAUAUCAAAACGGUGAUAUCAAAACAGUUGAGGAGGCACAUAAAACUUUUGUUGCAUGGCCCAAAUACCUUGUCAAAUGUGACAAAAAGAUACCACGAAUGAGAUCAACUCAAGAUGAUGAAUGUAAAAGCUCCAAGAAGCAAAAAAAAAGUUUUAUAACAAGACAGAGCCUUGGCAAGCAUACAAGGAGCACUUUCAACAAGACUAAACAAAUCUAGUUUU